AUGGAGAUUGAACGCGAGAAGAAGUUGAUUAUUCAAGCGAGAACAAAAAUUGAUUCGACCGGCUGUUCAAUCGAAGAUUUGAAGGCAAUUUUCGACGAAAUUCAUCAAGCUAUCUUCUUGAAUGGAAGAGAAGAACUUGUUGUCAAAACUGAACCUUCAAUAGAUUUACUCAGAGUCAAUGCUUGUAAUGAAUGGAAUGUAGUCGUUUCGGAGACUUCUUCAUUACCAAAAUCAAAUUUCUCAGAAAGUAGUCCGUCGUAUGUUACUAGAAGAACUUCUAAAUCCUCUGAGAUCAUGCCAAACUUAUUGACAGAUGAAGAUCAUCCAAUGGAUACCGAUUUAGAACUGGCAAGUUCCAUUUAUGAAGAAACAACCGUCUCGAAUAUAAAAGACGCAGUCGAUGAUGAAAAUCAUGAUCUCAAAAAUGGAAUCAAUGCCCAACAUAUCAUUGCUCCGUGUCCGUUAAGAUCCCAUGGUGCUUUCGGUUUGACUAAAGCCAGACAUGGAAUUACGUUUUGUACAUCACGUAUAAAAACUCGACAACACUUGUACACUCAUUUUCGAAGCAAACAUUGCCUCAAAAGUGUCUAUGCAGAUCGCCUAUGUCGAGCAGUUGCAGAUGGACUUCAACCCAAAACAACGAAUUUGUUUGCAGACGACGAAGAGGUUACCGAUCGUAGUCGUUAUAUUCCAUGUCCAUUUACUAAUGGAAAAAUCAACCUAAUCGGGUGUUGUCCACCGUAUUCACGAAGGAUUCCGUGCAAAAACGAAACAGUUCCGGAUACGGAUUUAAAACAUCAUCUGAUAAACGUUCAUCAUAUAUCUGCUGCAAUGGCAAGGGAAAUCGAUAAAAUUUACAAAUAUAAGUUAUUACAAAAUAAAAAUCAAAUUUCAAAUUAA